AUGUCAAGUGUGACAAUAUCCGCUCUGAACCGCAUUUCCCGCGAACGUCUGGGCGCUUUGCUACUAACCCAGCCCAGCGAGGAGAAAGUGGUAGUAAUAGACGUCCGUGAUUCAGGCAUGUUUUUUUCUUUUUUUUUUUCCUUUUUCUUUUCUUCUUCUUCUCCUUCUCCUGCCCCUCCCUUCCCCUCUCCCUUAGGUUCCUAUCCUGACGAACAGGACGCAGACCACAUCGGCGGCCACAUAAAGUCCUCUCGCCACGUACCAUCCAGAAGCCUAGACUAUACCGCAGCAGAGCUGGCCCGGCAACUGGAGGGCGUGGAGAAGGUUGUUUUUCACUGCGCGUUGUCGCAGGAGCGUGGACCCAGCGCUGCAUUGAGGUACCUGAGGGAGAGGGAGAGGCUGUUUGGCCGGGGGAGUACGAAGGGGGGGGAGGGAGAGGGGGCUGUCGAUGGGAGGGAGGAUCAGCGGGAGGAGGAGAAGGUUAAGAAGCAGGAGGUACUGGUUUUGGAAGGGGGGUUUGUGGAGUGGCAGGCCAAGUACGCUCUCUCCUUUCUCUGCGCCGUGAUGCUCUGCUUGCGUUUUUGUGGUAUUGGGGUUAAUAGAAUGAGGGAUAAUGUAGGUACGGUAAUGAUGAGCGCUUGACGGAGAAUUACAAUAAAGAGCUCUGGGAGGCGGGGUAUUAGGUUUUUCUCCCUACCUUCUUCUGUCUCCUUUUUUGCGCCCCUUCCCUCUUUUUUCUUUAACACCUAGAUGUUGAAGUAUCAUACUGUAGCCCGUAAAACGGAAGCCAUAAUAAUUACCCUUACUACCACGAUCUCCCGCAUCGUGAGCUCCAAAAUUAAGGCACAAAAUCCCAACACGUGAUGUCAAUAUUUUCCCCAUGUAUGAUACUUUCCCAUCCACCCAUCCACCCCUCUCUACCUACACUGUGCACCCCAAACCCCACAACCACCGUACUAGGUAAAGAAAAAACACACCUUAACCACAAUUAUCCAUCAUCUCCUUCCCUCCCCCAAGCGGGUUAAAGGUUGGAAAAAAAAAACUGUUCUUGCAGCGAAGAUCGGUAAAACAAGUCACCAAAUCUAAGCAGCUUGGCUAUCGCUUAUCGAACGAACCUCACCUAGUCCGCAUAGCGCAUUUUAAGACAAAAACCGGCAAUUUGAUAUUCCGCAUGGAAGGGGAGGGAAGGGGAGGGAAAGGGUAACCUUAAGCCAUUCUAGACGUGUCCGGGUUUGGGGUGCAGAGUAGAGAGGACGGCAUGGUAUGGUAGCUCAUGCAGGGCUUUACCUGAGGUGGGCGGCCAUGAAGGGUAAUAGGCUGGCUUAACGGUGGUACUCGCAGGUCAUAAGUGGGUGGAUGAUGAGGUGAUGUUAAAAGUGCAAAGAGUGGUUAUGUAUGAUAAUAUUGAUGGUUUGUGGAUGGGGAGGGGGUAAGGUACGGUAGGCAGGGUGCUUCAUGGUCUUGGGAGUGAAGGCGAAUUGAAUUGAAUUGAUUGGGGUUGUGUAUGAAGCUAUUGUCACCUUGAGUUGAGUGAGCGCGGUAUGCUCGCU